AUUAGUAUUUUGAUGAUGUGACGGUGUAGUUAUAAAUAAUAAAAGGUUUAUACAGUUUUUAAAUUUUGACUAUUAGAAGUUUUGUAUUAAUAAAACAAUGUCCCAUAAUAAUCUAAGGUGACGAAUGCUUAACGGGAAAUUUUUAGUAUGGCCGAUGAAUCAUUAUUUUCGGACGAAGAAUUAUUUGAUUCAAAUGAAUGUGUGGUAACACUAACAAGUUCAGUCAGUUAUGAAGAUGAAUAUCAGUCAUUGCUAUUUCAUAACAGAGAUAGAAUAAUAUCAAAAUUGAAAAAUGAUUUAUCAAAUGUUUUACCACCACCACCAACAGUGACUACUUGUCGGCUAAGUGUAGAUGAUAUACUUACUAGAUGGUACCAAUAUCAAAAUUCAAAAUCACCUUCUAAAAAAAAUAGAACAAAAGAAUUGAAAAACUUUGAUAGAGCAAAAAGCUGGCAAUGGCCACAAGUUGUGAAUGUUCAGUGUUUUGAUGUUUACUACAAUGUUGAUAAUAAAUCUGCAGAAAUGGCAUUAUUGGAAACUAAAUAUCAAGAGAGGUAUGUUUCUAAUGAGACUAAAUCACUAAUGAAUACAGGUAAAACUCCACAACCGAAGAGGGAGCGUGGUUUAACCAGAUUACCAGCUAAAUUGCCUGAUCAAAAAUCAAUAUUACGUAGAAAACCUAUAUCAAAACCACAAAUAUUGGCUGAAGCUAAAGCAAAAUUAGCUCUUGUUGAAAAUAAACGUAGAAUUCUUGUGCCAGGAAAAUUGAAAAGAGACAAUAUUGUUAAACCACUUGAAAAAAGUUAUCUUGAAAACAAAAAUAGUAGUGUAAAAACAUCUGGUCACAAAAGAGCAUUGUUCCAAAGUCCUGAGACUUAUUUUCAUUCCAGAAAACGAAUGUGUUAUAGUCAAAGUUCAGAUAUAGAUUCCCCACGACCUCCUAGUGCUUUAUCUAUAUGCAGUGAUACAUCAAAUACAACACCAGUAAAAAGGUAUAGUGCUGCACCCCAAAGUACUCAAUUAUUUGAAGAAGAAUGUGAUAAUAAAAACUCUAAAUUAAUAAGAACAGAACCAGUUAAAAAAUGCCAAAGAACCUUAAAUUUCGUGAAUUUAUCAGAAUCAACUAAUAAAACAAAUAUUUCAGUUGAGAGAUUAGAACCAAAGGUUUUAAGUCAUGUUCAUAAACAGAAAUUACUAUGGGCUGUGUCUGAAGUUUUAAAAUCCUGUGGUAUAGAUAGUCAUCACAAACAGUUCCGCCCAUUCCUUCAACAAUUGUUCAAAGUUUGUUCUAAACAAUGGUUAGAACAAACUGGUAUUGGUCUUAAAACACGCACUAGUGAAGCAAUGCGAGAUUUAGUGAUGAAACAUAAAAAUACGGUUUUAAAAUUGAAAGCUGUAUCUCCCAAAAACUCAUCAAUAACCAAAGAUGUCGUUACUACAAAACAAAAAUCAGUAGCAGAUGUUAGAAAAGUUUUAUUUACUGACACAACUCCCAAAUCUGACUUUAAGUUUAAAAAGUUUGGCUCUGAACUAAAAAAUGACAAAAGUUCACCACCUGCAAAAAAGAAUACUAUUCAUUCAGAUGAACUUGAUGACAUAACUGUUUUUUUUGACAUAACUAAAUUACCAAAUAAAAUUACAAAUGACCAACAAAAUAGGCCUUUAUCUUCUACUUCAGACUAUUGUUCUAAUUUAGAUAUAGAUUCUAAAGAAUCUGAAAGUUUGUUAGCUAGAUAAUUCUUUUUUUUUUUUAAUUCAUGACUAGGAAAUUUUUUUUAAAUAAUUUUUUUUCAAUUUCAUAUCUUAUUAAAUAUUUUCUCUUUUGUUUAGGCUUAUGUUUAAUUGUUUCUUUGUGAACAUAUUUAAAUUUAAAUAAUACUCUAAGAUCAAUUAUUUCUAAAAAAAAAUUUUAAUUGUCUUCAUAG